GAAAGCGAUCAGGAGUGAAAACAAACAAAGGCUGGGAUUUCAAAGUAGAGCUACUUUUGCGCCAACAGUCCCGCCCACAACAAAUGUCUGACGAACUCCUGCCGCUCUGCAGAAAAUAUGUCCUAGGAAACGACACAGGUUUUUGGAUUUUAGCUAAAAAAAUGGCAGAACCAUAUUGAAAAGACCAGUGGGGACCAUUUUAAAGUAGAUAAAGUGUAGUCAGAGUCGUGCGUUAAAGAAUAAAUAGAUGAGAUGAAAGACUUUUGUUAAAGGAAAACAACGUUUGAGACGUUCUUACAUCGACUAGAAUUAAUGCAGAUUUCAGGUUUAUUUAGAUUGAACUGAAAAAACGUAUUGGAUCAUGUGAUGACUAAAGCCACAAAGGAGAAUCAAAUCUGAUGAAGCAAAAAAAAUCCAGACUGUGGCAACAGCAAAGCUCGUCAAGGGAGGAAGGAAUUCCAGCAGAAGUUGAGUCUUUCCUCCAGUUUCUCUUCAGGCGCCUCGUCGACCAUUUUCUACUCCAAAAACUGAUUUUAUCCUUAUAACAAAGUUGUCAUGAAUCUCCUGGAGGUGAAACUAUAUGUUUCUUGUGUGCUGCUGCUCGCUCUGCACAGCAGCAGCUCCGCUGAGAGUCUGAAGGAGAAUCUGACCGACUGUCUGGAGGACACAGACUAUGACGUGCUGCUGCAGACUGUUCAGGAGGGCCUUCCAAACAUCACCGCCCCUCACCAUGUGGUCAUCGUUGGAGCUGGCAUGGCUGGACUGACGGCGGCCAUGUUGUUGCAGGAUGCCGGACACCAGGUGACCAUUUUAGAGGCCAAUAAUCGUGUUGGAGGUCGAGUGGAAACCCACAGGAACACGGAAGAGGGCUGGUUUGCUGAACUUGGAGCCAUGAGGAUCCCUAGUUUUCACCAGAUUGUGCUCUGGGUUGCCACAAAGUUGGGUGUGAAGAUGAAUACAUUUGUCAUGGAUGACCCCAACACCUACUACUUGGUAAAUGGAGUAAAGAAAAGAACUUAUGCAGUUAAAGGAAAUGCCAGUCUCCUCGGGUACAAGGUGCAACCCAGCGAGAAGGGCAAGUCAGCUGAUGAACUGCUGCAACAGGCUUUGGAAAAGAUAAAAUCCGAAGUAAAAGCAGAGGGCUGCCAGGCUGCAUUCAAGAAAUAUGACCAUUACUCUGUGAAGGAGUAUCUGAAAGAGGUUGGAGGUCUGAGUUCAGAAGCCGUCAGAAUGAUCGGGGAUCUUCUGAAUGAGCAGAGCCUCAUGCACACGGCACUGACAGAGAUGAUCUAUGACCAAACUGACAUCAGUGACAAUAGCAUGUACUACGAGGUGACUGGUGGGUCGGAUCAUCUUCCCAGAGCUUUUCUUAAUGUUCUCGAUUCAACUCUUCACCUGAACUCUAAAGUUGUCCGCAUAAGUCAGUCAGAUGGAGGAGUGAUUGUAGAGUAUAAGACGGUAAACGAGUCCUCAUUCAGACAGAUUCAGGCUGACUUGGUCCUGGUCACGACUACCACCAAAGCCGCUCUUUUCAUUGACUUUAAACCUCCUCUGUCCAUCCGAAAGAUGGAGGUCAUGAGGUCGGUCCACUAUGACAGCGCCACCAAAAUCUUUCUCACCUUCAGGGAGAAGUUUUGGGAAUCAGAGGGGAUCCAUGGUGGAAAGAGCAUCACUGACCGGCCCUCCCGCUUUAUCUACUACCCCAGCCACAGUUUUCCCCAAAACCAGACCAUUGGAGUCCUCCUGGCCUCCUACACUUGGUCUGAUGACUCUCUUCUGUUUUUGGGGGCCAGCGAUGAAGACCUCAAAGAGCUGGUUCUGAGAGAUUUGGCACAGAUUCACGGUGAACGGGUCCGGUCGCUGUGUACUGGUGUGAUCGUCAAGAGGUGGAGCAGCGACCCUUACAGCAUGGGGGCUUUCGCUUUGUUCACCCCCUACCAGCACAUCGAGUACUCCAAAGAACUGUUCAGGAGCGAAGGCAGGAUCCACUUUGCAGGGGAACACACCGCCUUCCCUCACGCCUGGAUUGAGACGGCCAUGAAAUCUGCCAUCAGGGCAGCUGUGAACAUCAACAAUGAAGUUCUGCACGGUUCAGACCAGAACCCAGGAAGGUUUUAUUCUGAACCACAAUGCAGUUUGAAUGUUGAAAGUUAAUUAAAGCUUUUAAUAAAUGUUAAAAGGAUUUACACUCAUAACAUCUAAGAUGUUCAAUAAACCUUUGUUGGUGCAGGAUCAAUAGUUUUUGUUCUUAGUGGGCACAGGGGUCAAACUCGUUGGUGCAACAAUAGUUGAGGAAAUCUUGUCCCAAAAUAAACACUUAACAAACA